AUGACGAGCAUAACGGCUGCGGCGCUUCUUCACAACACGGCGACGCGUGUGACGUUGGGGAAUACGCCACUGCAUGCCGUACCGGUGACGGUGGCGCAGCAACUGAAGCCCCUUCUGGAAUCAAGCACCUCCCUCACCGCCUUUACAGUCCACAUGCAGUUCACUCCACCAGAGUCCCUGCGGCUGCUGCUUCUUGGCGCUUCGCGUUGCUGCAGUCUCCAGUAUGUUCGAUUAGUGGGAGGUGUCAGUGUGCUCCAGUCGAAGAUGAUGAUGUCAGCUUUUACACACUUCACUUUCGUCCGAAAGUCUUCGAGGGCCGCGACCGCUGCGCGCCCUGCCAGGAGCCCGGCAAAGCGAUGCCCCCACACACCCCGUGCAAAGCGCCCGCCAGCUGUGGCACCAGCAGCGAGGGGCGCCACAGAGAAGCCAGGCGACGACUGCCUGGCCACUGGUUGCAACAGGCCGCAGUCCCCAGAAGCGGUAAUCGCGAAGGGUGCCAGAUCACCACCACCGUGCUUUUCAUGGUUGAACGGGGUGCACAUGGUACUGGACCUGCACCAUGUCGAUGAUGUUGUGGCGGGUAUCUUGCUGAGAGGACUGGAGCGAUCAGAACGCAUUGUUGGACUCGAUCUCCACAUUGCCCCCUCCUCGAAGGCUGCCACGCGCAUUGCUGGACGUAUGUUGUCGCGUGCAAACACCAUUGUUGCUCGUAAUGCCAGACGUGUAAAUUAUCUUCUUUGUCAGAACAUACCGCGCCGUGCCGCGCCCUGCAGGGGUGCUGGAAAAUCAGAAAAAGUGCAGCCACCGCCCUCUCCACCGCUUCCAGCAGAUGCUGCCCCUGCUGAUUAUGAUUACGCUGCUUCGGGGGAAACAAUGACGGCGCUACGAGAACCGUCCGCGUCCGACAUGUGCGACCUCCCGUCACGCCGUUACUCCCCGCCACGUCUCUUGUCAGGUGCGCCGCCAACACCGCCGUCACCGCCACCACGGCGACCCGUGCUGAGCGUGCGACAUCGUCUCUUCAACGCUGACGCCGACAUGAGGUGGGCGACGAAGCACGAUGAGGACGACGCUCACAGCAAUGACUGCUUCGUCUGCGGCGGCUGUGCGACAUUGGGCAAGACACCGCGAACACCCGAGCGGCCACGCGCACUCAAUGUGCAGGAAGAAUCUAUGGACAAAAUCCCGGAGCAGCGACGCUGCGGUUCCUCUGUGCAGCCGACCCCGCGCGACGUGCUCGAGACGAAGCAGCCGAGCCCAUCCCUGUCGCAUGUCACUCCGUGCACUCCAUCGCAGCGGCCACCGUCGCCGCGCGGGCAGUUCGUGCAGCACUGCCGCUAUCUACGUGGCUGCGUACGGGACAUCAACACCGUCGUAGUGCGCUACCAGGUGGUGUGCCGCGAGUCGGUGCAGCGGAUGGUGGCGGAGAUGCGGCUGCUGGAGGAGCAGCUGACUGACAAAGUCACCACCAAGCUGACAGAUAUGAUGAUGUCCUUGUCGGAGCUGGAGAGGAUUGAGGGAUAA